AUAAAGAGAGGGAGUUCUAGAACCCUUAAUUCAUGAAGCUAAAAAAUAAAACAAACUUUGCUCUGAGAAUUCCCUAUACCGAUAUCAAAAGCCAAGUUAUGGGAAAUCAACUUCAGUUGUUACAUAGACGAAGAAAGAUUAGAGUCAAUGGUUUUGUCAUUGAUGCUUGUCACAUGACGUUAGCAAAGUGGAUUUUUCAGACAUAUCCAGAAACUACAGACAAUGUUAAAGUGCAAAACCAAGAUCUCAGGAAUACUUACAUGAACCUUCUCUGCAACACCAUCGGGAUACUUUACCACACGCCUCUUGGUUAUCUCACCGAAGCAGAAUUGAGCAAAGUUUCCAAGGAUUCGUAUGAUCUGACACAAGCUGGUUUUAAGCUGGAGUGGUUGCAGUCAAAGCUUGACAAGGUUUCCUUGGAGAAGAAGACUUCUGAAGAACGGAUUGUGGAACUCAAACUAGAGGUCAAGAAACUUGUGAUGACUGUGACUGAUCUCAAUAGUGAGAGGAAAAGGGAGAAGAAGAAGUUGAAGAAGCAACCAACCUGGAUACACGCAGGCUAAACGAAUGAUGAUGGGUCACUAAAUUUUACUCUUUUUUCUUAAACACUUAUUUUAUUAUUUAGAAUAAUAUUGUGGUUAUUUAGGGUUAUCUAAUCUUUUCUUUUUUUAUAUAUAAAAAUAUUAUUAUUGUUAAGGAUUGUUUAUCUAGAAACGAUAAUUAUGUAUUAUUCGAAAAAACAUAAUUAGAUUACCCCUACGUUUUUUCUUUUAAAACUUUACCCCUUCCUGUUCCUAAUAUGCCUAAGUUAAAAGAUGAUUAUACUGUAGUAGGUUUUCUAGUUUUGACUUUAUACAAGUUUUAAUAGCUUGCUAGACACGGUUUGAUUAGGCCUCUCUUGGGUUUCUUCAUGAUGCUCGUAUAAAGUAUUUAAAUUUACCCGAUUUUAAUU